UAUCACUUCGUACCAGGUAUUGCAUUGGAUCCUCAGCACAUCUUCAACAAUGGGUCGUGAAAGGCAGAAGAAGAAGAACAGGUCGUCCAACCCGAAGGUUCGACCCAACUCUAACAGGACCAAGGCUGGGAAGACAAAGGUCAAUUUUCUCGGCAACGAGACGAUAGCGAAAAACUGGGAUCGGAAACUCACUGUCUCACAAAAUUAUAAACGCCUCGGUCUUUCGUCGCGGCUGAAUGCGCCCACGGGCGGUACGGAGAAGAAAUCUGUAAAGGGUGAAGACCCUGCAAAGAAACCCCGCGACUCUCUUGCAAUCGCCGGACCACGAGCUGCAACCAAAGUAGCGACACAGGAAGUUCAAGUUGAAAGAGAUCCCGAGACCGGGCGUAUUAUACGUGUCAUCCGACCUGAAGUCGAUGAAAAUGACAACCCUCUGAACGAUCCACUCAAUGACAUUAUGGAUAUGGACGAUGAGAAGCCCGCGAAGAAACCGCAAACCGAUGUCGUUGCAGCGCUCGAGGCACAGGCAGCAGAAGAGGAAGAAUGGCUUGCUACAAAGAAACAGCCACGAAAGCAGAGUCAAAGAGAAGAAGAGUGGAUUGCCAGCCUUGUCGAGAAACACGGCGACGAUAUCAAAGCCAUGGUCAGAGAUCGGAAACUCAAUCCAAUGCAGCAGACGGAGGGUGAUAUCUCAAGAAGGGUGAAGAAGUGGAAGGCGAAGCACGAGGAUACAACCUGAUCAGCAUGAAUUAAACGACAGACCCAGUGGUUGCUUCACAAUCCUAGGGCCAUCCCCCGCACAGCAGGCCUGAGAUGGGAUAUGACUAAAGACUGUUGCUGCCAUCACGAUCCUCGUCUCCGAAGUCGGCAGCAGGGCUUUCAAUCGGAACUUUCUGAAGGCACCGUACCAUUUAGUACAGGCCAUCUUCGGCAUCCCUGUCAUAACGGCCGAUAUGGGCACAGUAUCAGCAGACCGACUGCCAGCAUGGUCCGCA